UCUGUAGCACGAACGGAUACUCUUCAGUCAAGAUGUACUCCCCUACGUCCAUCUUCCUCUUCUUCUGUCUCAUCUACGCCUGCCAAUGUAAAAAAGGGGACCACGAGAUGGAUGUUUUUGAGGAAAUGAUAAGAGUGUUGAUGGAAGCCAUUACCGAAAAGUUACUUUCUUUAGAAAAGCAUGAGGAAGAUGACGUGGAUGCAAGGAAACAAUCUAAAGAGGACGACGAGGAAUCAUUAGAAUUUGCAUCAAGUAAAACGGAGGAAGGGGAGAGUUCUCGUCCACACACUUUGAUGAUAUCUCCUGUGGACGUAUAUAAGAAAAUGAUCAUCGAAAAGAUCCCUAUAUGUUCCGAAGAGAACUUAAACGAAUACAAAAAUGUUCUCAGCAAAUUAUCUUCUAGGCGUAAAUUAAGGAUCCCGCUGAAACAUUGGACAAGAGGAAAUAAAGCUGAACAGAGGAUCCUGCUGGACUCAGUGCCGCUGUGCCUCAUCGAGAAGGAUGUGAUGUUGUACAUCCUGAACCACUGGCCAGAUCAGAACCAAGUAGGAACAAAGAGAAGAAAACAUUUCUAAUUCUGAAAUAUCCAAGAUGGAUAUGCCUUAAGGUACUAUUUCGCUGACGCGGUCCACGACCGCGACUGCUCGCGGUUGACCGCUGCUUUAGUGGAAUAGAAAGGAACCUAUUUCGCUGGCGCUGCUCGGCAGUCUAGGUAUGACGUCAUAUCUAAGCUGCUCCUAUCUGACCGCUCCUGAAGCGGUUGUAGGUAAUGUUUUCAUAUCAGAGCGUUGUUUUGAUGAUAACAGUCACGUCGAUAUGUUUUAUUUCCUUUGUUUCUUUCAAGUCUGGUAAAAUUAUAAGAAAUAUUGUUUAAAAUUUAAACAAUGCAAUAGUAAAUUAUUUUUUUAAGGUUGAAGUAACAAGAUUCUUCAUUUAUUUAUCCUACAACAAUAUUUUACAGCGAAAUUCAAAUAUACCUAAAUCCAAACGAUAUUAAAUAAAUUAAAGAUUCCAACAAAUUUUAAUGUCAGGUAAAUACUAAAAUCCACUCAUUGAAAAAUCGAUUUGUAUUUUUUAAUUAAAGUGGGAAUUUACUGAUUACUAUUGAUAAAACUAUAAAACAUCGCCUGUUGUGAUUUAAUUACAAAUACAUUAUAUUUAUUACUAAUCAAUUAUUUAUUAAUUACUAUUACUUUUCAAACUAAUAAUAUCUAAUAUCAGAGGGACUAUUGUUGUUCGUAUGGCGUUGCUCGUCUUUUUGUUCUUUUUUGGUUGUUCCUCAAUUUUUUAUUGUUCAUCUAGACAAUAGCAAACAAUGUCCAAGAAGGGAUUUGAUGAUUUGGAUGACGAUCAUCUCAUCGAAAUACUGAUAUUCCUUCUCCUUAUGAACACCAUUUUCUCUUCUUUUUCCUCCUCUAAUAAAAAAGUGUAGUCAGAAAAAGAAUGUCCAUUUUUUUAUCUUCGAAGAUAAAGCAAAAUGUUGGAAGGUUAUAGGCAGAUUAUAACAACACCAGUGAGCAGUUUCAGCGAAAUAGGUACGGCAGUAGCGGUUGGCAGCGAGGAAUAGCGGUCGCUGUCGUGGACCGCGUCAACGAAAUAGUACCUUUAGCCAGUAACUAAGGGAAGUGAGGGAACAACAGCAGAGUGUAACUAGCAAAGGUGGUAUACAUCUUGUAUUGUUUUUAAAAAAUAACGUAAUAUUUUUAAAACUGUUUAUUUAAAUUACACUAUUAUAAUUAUUAAUAUUAAAUGUAUAGAUAAGAUAUAGAAUUUUUAGGAAUAUUAUCGAUGGAAUAUCCAUCGUUAUUCAAAAGUAUAUUUUUUAAAUUUUACAAUAUGAACAUAAAAAAAAAAAAAUGUAAUCCUAUCUUUAAGAUGGUUAUAAUAGAUAAUAUAUUAUCUAUACAGCACCUUGAAAUUAGAAUAACAAUAAUUGAAAACUGAUUAUUAUUUCAUUUUUAAUAAAAAAUAAAGUAUAUAAUAAAGUUAGAUAUAUAUUUUUUUCUAAAUGUAUAGCAAACUCUAAAACUCAAUUUACAA